CUUUAUCUCAAUAAAUAAAUAAUAUUUCGUCCUCAACAUUUGUAUUUGCUUCAGGUCGACAAGGAAGCAACAUAACAUAGCUUGUGGGUUUUUCCUCCCUUAAAAAGACAAUGUCUAAGGCCGGAGGAUAUUUUUAGUUUUUUUAAUAGAAACCAAAAUGCUGGUGCAAAGUUUCAUUGAGAGGCUUAGACCUCUGGUCGGACUCAAAUGUUGGGAUUAUAUUGUCUUAUGGAAGUUGAGCAAUGAUCACAGAUGUAUUGAGUGGAUGGAGUGUUGUUGUGCCGGAAGUGAGAAUAUCGAAAGUGUUGGGGACGAUCUUGUCAAUUUCGAAGGUUCGAGUAGCCUUCAAUGUAGAGAUAUCAUUUUCCCACAUCAAAGGAUCAAAGCUUGUGAUUUACUAGACCAGCUUCCUUCUUCCAUCAUACUCGAUUCAGGAGUUCAUGCACAGUCCAUGCUGUCGAACCAAGCAAGUUGGCUCAACUACUCACACAACUCGGACGCAAGUUUUACCGAAGAAACAAUCGGCACCCGGGUUCUGAUCCCGUUGCCUCUCGGUUUAGUCGACCUGUUUGUGAUGAAACAAAUCGCGGAAGAUGAAAAGGUGGUGGAUUUCAUCACAUCCCAAUGCAACUUGUUUUUGGAGCAACAAAUGAUGGAUUCCUUUUCGGCUCACACAAACGACCCCUUGGCGGCCCUCUUCGGGAACAACCCUCGAGACGACAGAAUCAAUCUGGAAAACAUCUUUCCGGAUUACGGGCUUCAAGAGUUGGAGACGCCACAUGGAAAUAAUAAUAAUAGUAAUAAUAGUGUGUGGAUUGCAGAGGAUCACGUGAACGAGGACUCGAACAACAGAUCGGAGGAUUCAGAGGCGGAUGAGGAGAACGAGACAAAGUGUAGGAGGCGUAAUGGGAAAGGUCCCCAGUCGAAGAAUCUCAUGGCUGAAAGAAAGAGGAGGAAGAAGCUCAACGACCGAUUGUAUUCCCUACGAUCUUUGUUGGAUAGAGCAUCGAUUCUUGGAGAUGCGAUUGAUUAUGUGAAUGAGUUGAAGCAACAUGUGGAGGAGCUACAAAUUGAGCUCGAACAGCAUUCGGAGAAUGAGGAGGACAUGAGGAAAGCAAGGAAAGACGAGGCCAAUACUAUGCAUCAUCAAAAUGGAGGGAAGCGCGACAAGGGAAAUUUCAUGCAUGGCUUUCACAACAACACUGUUGAUAACGUCUCCAGGAAUAUCAACCACGAGCCGCGUAAUAACGCAAAUGAAAGAGUUCAGCAAAUGGAGUUUCUCCUGCUUAAUCAGUUUUUGGCUCUUAGCGCCAUGAACAAGAUAAAACUGCUUCCUUCAAACUUUACUUUGUAUUACUAUACUAAACAAGAAAAUGGAAAAGAAUUUCAGCCACAAGUUGAAGUGUUCCAAAUCCAUGGGAACGAGUUCUUCGUGAAAGUAUUUUGUGAGUACAAAGCGGGUGGAUUUGUGAGGCUGAUGGAGGCACUAAAUUCUUUGGGUUUGGAAGUAACUAAUGUCAAUACCACAAGGCACACGUGUCUCGUAUCCACCAUCUUCAAAGUCGAGCGAAAGAACGAGGAGAUGGUGGAAGCUGAUGAUGUGAAGGAGUCAUUACUGGAGCUUACUCGAGACUCGAAUAACUGCAGAACCAAUUUCCACGUAUCAAACAAUAUCAACAUUGAUGACGAUGCUACUGAUUAUUGCAUUUAUGGUCGCCAAAUCAGUUCUCACCACUUGCAACAUUGAUAAAUGAAAAAAAAAAAAAAAA